AUGUACGACGACACGCGGUCCGUUAAGAGGAGUAACGCUGAGUUGAUAAAUGGCCUCAUUGGUAUGGAACUCGGCAAAUUGUCGGCGGUCGGCAAGAGAUCGAAUGCAGAACUUAUCAACGGUCUACUAGGGAUGAAUCUGAAUAAACUGAGCUCAGUCGGUCGACGAUAA